AUGGGGAACACGCUGAGCUGUUGCUUGGGCACCAACCCCAGCCCCAGGCAGGGUCUGUCCAGGGGGUCUGCGGAGCUGUACUGCGGCUCUGACAUCUAUGAGGCGGUGGCAAGCAGAGGUGCAGGCCAAGGCAGAGAGGAGCGGAGGCACAGUAGAUGGAACUUGCUGUUCCCCAAUGCCAGCCCCAAGCAAAGCCAGCCCCGGGUGCAGUGGACAGAACCGCCCUGCAGCUGUAACAUCACGGAGGCGGAUGUGGCACUAGCACCACACCCCCCUGCUGUGGAGCCUGUCCAGUCUGAUUUCGGAGCCCAAGAGGGCCAUGACCUGCAGCACAUCCGCGACCAGGAGAUGCCCAAAGAUUUUGCUUCUGACUAUCCAAGGGAAAGCACACUCUUCCUGAGAAAAUAUCAAAUGAGUGUCUUCCUUCUCCUUCAGAUACCUCCAUGGCAUCUUGAUAGAAAAUACAGCUCAUGUUCCACCAUAUUGCUAGAUAACAGCACAGUCAGCAAACCUGAUCUUGGACACACACUGGAAAGAUAUGCAAAUAGAUCUCUGGCUAUUUUUGACGAGCCAAUACAUCCACUUUCACAACAAAAUUCUCCAGGGAAAUCCUUUGAGGAUGAUCCCAAACGCAACUGUAUUUUCAGAUAUUUCUGUACUCUUUUUCAAGUCACAAAACUAACAGCUCCAUGUGCAAUCGUAGCUUUGGUGUACAUUGAACGACUUUUAACCAAUGCUAACAUCGAUCUUUGUCCUACUAAUUGGAAAAAGAUUGUCCUUGGAGCCAUGCUUCUUGCCUCCAAGGUUUGGAGAAACCGUGGUCUGUGGAGUGAGGAUGACAGCCAGAAUCCCCAGGACGUUGCAGUUGAGAACAUGAGCAAGAUGGAGAAGUGUUUUUUGGAGCUACUUGAGUUUAAUAUUCAUGUGUCUGCCAGUGUUUAUGUAAAAUAUUACUUUGACCUGCGUGCCUUGGCAAAUGACCAUGACGUGUAUUUUCUAUUUCAUUUUCUUCACAAAGAUAAAGCCCAGAGACUGAAGGCUAUGUCACGGCCGUGUGAAUACAAAGACUUACAUCAAGAUGCCACUGCUAUGAAAAGGGCGAUCAGCAUGAACUUCAUUGGUAUUCGGUGCCCUAAUGCCAUCUUAUCUUAA